UUCUGUGUGCUUAGGGCUGUGUUACGUGCAGAAAAUACCAAGUAACGCCUGUGCGUAUAUAUUGAAGGAAAUUCACCUUCUCUUUUGACAGCUACAGAGAGACUUGUAGCAGAAUGCGGGGUUGUUGCUGACCACCUCCUCAGCAGCUGCCUCUCUGUCUCUGUGUGUGCAUGUGUGUGUGUGUGUGUGUGUGUGGACUUUGAUGGGGACGGCGGACAAGGACAAAAUGCCACUACGGGAAUCAGUCACUCGGCGCUGUUUCGAACUGGGGGAAAACAACUGAUCGCCUUUUAAAUAUCCACUUUGGGAUCUACCAUACUGCACAUCUGGAUUUUUUUUUCUCUCUUCUCCUCUCCCCCACACCUUAUAGAGUAUUUCUCCCGAACAGUUUUCCUUUCAUGAAGCACGGUGACUCACUGCAGGCAGAAGGCGAGUCGCUGCAUCCUAAUCAGACAGCGGAGAGGACUUCAGCUCAUUGACAUUACAGUCAUACUUUUCUGGAGCACUUUUUUUUUUUUUAUUUCCACUGCGCUGCACUGUAGCCUACGUGUGCAGCGGAGGCUUGUGGCUUUUCUUCCUGCACAGAGAGAGGAAAGAAAGGGGAAACGGGUGGUAUAACUGGUUACAGGGAAUGAAACUCUCCCUGAACCCUGCUGGAACUGACUGUUUUGAUUUUUACGCACGCAUUAUUUGGACUAUUUCAGCAGUUUGUUUGGUGGUAUGAGUGAACACUUACAAUGACUAUUCUGUUUGGAGACCGGAUCGCGAUUAUUGCUCAGAUGAGUCUGGGCGCUCAGCUGAAUAUAAAUUAGGUGUUCAGCACCACAGAUUGCUGGAAGAGGCAGAGGAAGAGAGAAACAGAGCAAAGACAAUCCCCAAAGACAAAUGCCAAGGCCUCACAUGAUGAACAGAACUCUUUAUUUGAUCCCGAAUAAUAGAAACACCAAAUUUGAACAAACUAUCAACAGGUCAAAGGAAGCGUAAACGCAAGACAGAUUACAGCAGCUUUUACGGAGUGGGGAUGUAUCUUUCUAUUUUCUUUUUCCUCCUCUUAUGGGCUCAAGCCCUGACAUUGAAAAACUUGAAUUACUCUGUCCCAGAGGAGCAGGGUCCAGGGACAGUUAUUGGGAACAUUGCCAAAGAUGCCAGACUCGGACUCGAACAGGUUGGGCAGGGAGGACAGGGUAAAAAAGCCAACUUCAGGGUGCUGGAGAACUCAGCUCCGCAUCUCAUCGACGUGGACCCCCAAAGCGGACUGCUGUACACAAAGCAGCGCAUCGACAGGGAAACCUUGUGUAAGAGAAACCCCAAGUGCCAGCUCUCCAUGGAGGUGUUUGCCAAUGACAAGGAGAUCUGCAUGAUCAAAAUAGAUAUUCAGGAUAUUAACGACAACUCACCCACUUUCCCCUCGAAUGAGAUUGAUAUUGACAUUUCUGAAAACGCAGUACCAGGGACACGCUUUCCCCUGACCAGCGCUCAUGACCCAGAUGCAGGGGAGAACGGCCUGAAAACCUAUCAAAUAACACGCGAUGACUACAAUCUCUUUUCGUUGGAAGUAAAAUCCCGUGGGGACGGGACUAAAUUCCCAGAAUUAGUUAUUCAACGACCACUGGACCGAGAAGAACGAAGCCAUCACACUCUUAUUUUGUCAGCCACGGAUGGGGGGGAAUAUCCCAGGUCAGGUACCAUGCAGAUAAAUGUUAAAGUUAUUGAUUCCAAUGAUAACAGCCCUGUGUUUGAUCAGCCCUCCUAUGUUGUGGAAAUUCCUGAAAAUUCACCUCCUGGUAAAGUGCUGAUCGAUUUAAACGCCACUGAUCCUGAUGAGGGCAACAAUGGACAAGUAGUCUAUUCUUUCAGUGGCUAUGCCCCAGAGAGAAUCCGGGAGCUCUUUUCCAUAGAUUCCAGAACAGGGGUCAUAAAGAUUCAGGGUGAAAUUGACUACGAAGAGAGUCCUGUUAUUGAGAUUGACGUCCAGGCAAAAGAUCUAGGUCCCAAUCCAAUCCCAGGCCAUUGUAAAGUCACUGUUAAAGUGCUUGACAGGAAUGAUAACUGGCCGUCUAUAGGCUUUGUGUCUGUGAGACAGGGAGCCAUCAGCGAGGCAGCACCUCCAGGCACUGUCAUUGCUCUGGUCCGUGUCACAGACAAGGACUCAGGCAGGAAUGGGCAGCUUCAGUGCAGAGUGCUAGGUAAUGUCCCUUUUAAACUUGAGGAGAACUAUGAUAACUUCUAUACCGUAGUGACAGACAGGCCCUUGGACAGAGAGGUGCAGGAUGAAUACAAUGUCACCAUUGUGGCCAAAGACAAUGGCAUUCCGCCUCUGAACUCCACAAAGUCCUUCACCGUAAAGAUUCUGGAUGAGAAUGACAAUGUCCCUCGCUUUACCAAGUCAGUUUACCUUCUUCAAAUACCAGAGAAUAACAUCCCUGGGGAGUACCUGGGUUCAGUUCUGGCACAUGACCCAGACCUUGGCCAGAACGGCACAGUGUAUUACAGCAUAAUCAACUCCAACGUGAGUGGGGGUGAUGUCAACACCUAUGUUAAUGUGAAUGCAGCUAAUGGAGCCAUCUAUGCUGUGAGAUCUUUUAACUAUGAGCAAAUAAAGUAUUUUGACUUUAAGGUUCUUGCCAGAGAUGCAGGAUCUCCACACCUGGAGAGCAACGCUACAGUGCGCAUCAGUGUUCUAGAUGUCAAUGACAACAUCCCCGUCAUAGUUCUGCCCCUACUCCUAAACGACACAGCUGAAAUCCAUGUGCCGCGUAAUGUUGGUGUUGGCUACAUUGUCACCACAGUGAGGGCAGUGGAUAAUGACUAUGGCGAGAGUGGGAGGCUCACAUAUGAGAUCUCAGAUGGCAAUGAGGAGCACCUCUUUGAGAUUGAUCCGGUGACUGGGGAGGUGCGAACAGCCCAUCCAUUCUGGGACGACGUGAACCCCAUUGUGGAAUUGAUCAUCCGAGUAUCGGACCACGGCAAGCCAAGUCUUACUGCGGCUGCCAGGCUCAUUAUCAAGGCCUCCAACGGACGUCCUCCUGAUGGACUGCCACACACGAAGGACAAUCAGAACUGGGACAUGUCUCUGCCUCUUAUUGUGACUCUAAGCAUCAUAUCCAUCAUGCUUCUGGCUGCCAUGGUGACCAUAGCGAUCAAGUGCAAGCGGGAAAACAAGGAGAUCCGUACCUAUAAUUGUCGCAUUGCAGAAUACUCGCACCCUCAGCUGGGGAAAGGCAAGAAGAAGAAGAUUAACAAGAACGACAUCAUGCUGGUGCAGAGCGAGGUGGAGGAGCGGGAUGCCAUGAAUGUGAUGAAUGUGGUAAGCAGCCCUUCCUUGGCCACCUCUCCCAUGUACUUUGACUACCAGACACGCCUGCCACUCAGCUCACCAAGGUCAGAGGUCAUGUACCUCAAGCCCACUGCCAAUAACCUCAGCGCUCCCCAAGGCCACGUGGGAUGCCACACCAGCUUCACAGGCCCAGUCACCAGCACAACAGACACACCUACUAACCGCAUGUCCAUCAUACAGACGGACAAUUUCCCCACUGAGCCUAAUUAUAUGGGCAGCAGACAACAGUUUGUUCAAAGUAGUUCAACAUUCAAAGACCCAGAGCGAGCGAGCCUCAGAGACAGUGGUCAUGGGGACAGUGACCAGGCUGACAGCGACCAGGACACCAACAAAGGCUCCUGCUGUGAUAUGUCUGCGAAAGAAGCCCUCAAGUUGAAGGCUACAGGCGUCAAACCACCACCUUUGGAGCAAGAUGAGGAUUGUGUAAAUUGUACAGAGGAGUGCCGAGUACUGGGUCAUUCUGACCGCUGCUGGAUGCCCCAGUUCCCCGCUGGAGGAAACCAGGCAGAGGGUGUCGACUACCGCAACAAUAUGUUCGUGCCAGCGGGGAUGGAGACUGUUCCCGAGACAGAGACCUACGAGACUGUCAACCCCAAUGGCAAGAAGACGUUCUGUACGUUUGGAAAAGAGAGGCGUGAUCACACCAUCCUGGUCGCCAAUGUCAAGCCCUACUUGAAGGCAAAACGUGCCCUCAGUCCACUGCUCCAAGAGGUACCUUCAGCCUCUGGCAGUCCCACUAAGGGCUGCUCCACCAUGUCUCCCUGCUCUUCAGUCAAAAGCCCAGCUGACGGAGCUGAAGGCAAACCUCCCCCUGCCACCUGCUCUGGCCACUACGGGCCUCCUGAUGGUCAGUACCUGUCACCAACCAAACAAACCAGAGACCAGGGGGUCUACCCACCCUUGCCUCCCUCAGACCCAGUGGCCAAGGUGCUUGCAGAGGCCCGCUCCAGGAUCAGCCAAGAGGCAGCAGGUGAAAUGGAGUGUGUUCUGGAGCAGGUGGAGCCCGACGCGAACCGUGACAGAAUGGACGCUGACCAGGUGGUGAGAGACAUCGACAAACUAUUGCAGGACUGCAGAGGAAGUGAGGCCACUGGCACACUCAGGAAGUGACACAGAGGACUGCAGCAAAAAGAAGUAUGGAUGUAGAGAGAGGAAUAAAAUGCCGUUCCAAAAACUCUCAUGCCAAAACUGACACCAAAACGAAUCAAAAAGGUUAAAUAGCUCUUACGAUAAGAGCUCUUUUCACUGUAUUUGUUGUUGAAAAGUACCGACACUGGACGGAUGAUGGGAACAUUUAUUAUGUCAGUCAUUUGGCACCAGUUUUGGUGCUAAGAUCCCUCCCAACAAAAAGGAACUGGGUAACAAACAUCUGAAUUCUGCUGAAUUUAUAAACUAUUUUGUUUUGGAUUCUUAAGCAAAUUGCAGAGGCUUAUGCCUCUGGCUCCUCGCAAGCUAUUAUCUAAGUGCCCACCAGCUCAUAAGUGUGUUGUUCAUGGUCUCUUGUGAAAUCCUACAUAACUAAGUGUGUGUAGGUGGAUUUCUGUUAUGUGUGAUGGCCAUAGAAACUGAAUGAAAAAGGACUAUUUAUGGUCAGACAUGACAAUCGAUGUGGAAACAGUGAAACAAAUUCUAAUCUAUUCGGGACAGUGAAAGACGGAAGUACACAAAAACGACCUUAUCUUUUCUGACUUUAAUAUAGGUGUUUAACGUGUGAUGGAUCCUGUAUCUGAAGAGAUUGGUUAAUCAGUGUGUUCGUAGGGGUUGGUCACGGACUUGGGGAUGGAGGGGCUUAAAUGCUACGCUGAAGGAGAAUUAUUAACAGUGUAACCAUGUUUCACCUGUCAUUUGUAGCCACAUGUGUAAGCUGUGUCUGUCUCACGCCUCUAUUUAAACAUUCAUGUUGCUGACUGGUGUAGUUGCAUGCACCAAUUUUACACACAUUUUACACAUGUGCACUACACUCUGCGCGUACACAUGCACUGAUGCCCCCACACACACAUGCAAACACACAAACACUAAUGCUUACACACAUCUGGCCAUCUGUGUAAUUGUCUUAUACACGAACAUCAUCAGCUUUCAGUCCCUUGUGUACAGUGAAUUAUCAUGUGUGUGACUAUGCCUUAAGGCAAUCACGAGUUGUAUAAAAAGGGACAUUUUUUCCUCAACUGUGAAAAGAUGAUAUCUAUAUGGUUAUAUAGAUGACUAUAUGUAUGAAUCCAUGUAUAGUGUCCAAAUAUUAACAAAAUAUUUAUACAUUUUGUAAGAAAAAAAGAAAUGAGGAAUCUCAGCAAAAAAGUGUCCUCGAGUUAAGGUCAAGUUGAGGGGUAUUAACUCAAAGAACUGCAAAGGACACUGCCAUUGUUUCGAAGACAAAUAUCCAAAAAUAUGAAUAAACAAGAAAAUGUCCCUUCACAUUAUCACUAUACAUAAUAUCAUUAUAUGUGUAAAUGUAUCCGAUUUAGAUGUGUUUACAUCAAAAAAACUGACAUAUUUUUAUUGAUUUUACUGCAAUUUCUGUGCAUUUGAGCCAAAUUGUUAUGUGUACAAAAGCUAUAUUGUGUAUUUUAUUAAAUUAAUAUAUAGUUGUGUUGCAAUAUA